AUGCCUCCAAACCCCCCACACACGCCUCUUCGUCGCCUCUCUCAAGGCUCACUCUUCCGUCUCUCGCGCUCUGAAGCCUACCCGGACGCGCCACAUGGCCUCGGCUUCCUCGAACCCGCGCUUGCUGAACUCAUCGACGAGGCGGAAGCGCUCCAAACCAACGUAGAGGGGCUCAAGAACCUGGAUAACGCACUGGAGACGUUUAAUGAAAGCUUUGCGAGCUGGCUAUAUGUCAUGAACAUGAACGCGUUGACAAUCGACUGGCCGCAGGCACCGAUAGACGCGUCCUUUGUAUUAGCUGCACGGCGAGCAGAGGAAGAUGCGCAGGCUGCCCUGGAAGCCAUCCGAGCUGCAGAGGCGGCGGCCCGACGUCCUCCAACACCACCAGAACGAACAAUGACCACCGAGCGAUCUGCCAUGUCGCCUUCGGAGUGUCCCACAGAAGCAAACAUAACAGCUGGGACUGGUGGUACCAACAAGAGUGCUGCCAAGCCAGGAGUCGUGAAGAAGAAAGGCACGAAGCCGAAAAUGACCGCGAAGGAGAAGCGCGAGCGCGGCCUGGAGAUCGAGCGGAUCCUCGCGGCGUUACCGCUCGAGUUCAGAGGCGACGACCCGAAUUUGAGGAGAUAUAUCGAGCAAGUGAUUGAGAAGUUUCUCGACAAUCCAGGGGAAUCAUUCAACAUUGUAGCGUUCGUCAAGCCGCCAGACUUGAACCAGGCCCGGGUGAACAAGUGUCUCAUUGCACUAGUGAAUCGGAAGAUUGUGAAAAAAGAUAACAGCACGGGUGCUGUGCUAUACUACUGGAAUGGACUCCCAUCAUGAACACUGUAUCCAUAGCAUAUGUCUGUGCCACCAUUCUGUUGUAUACUAGGCUCUACUUGUCGAAACUCGUCCACUCCAUGCCGUCACCCCUUCAUCGGAGUCCGCGUGUCACGCAAAGGUUAUCGUUCGGCCACGGCGCCUCAGAUCCAGCACUGGCGCUCGCUAGUCGGUUCAUGGCCGUGCUAACGACAGGUGGCGGUCGGAAUGCUCACUUCGACUUGUCUGAAGCAGGCGCGGCCUUCGACCUUACGGUCUCAGGGCCAAACUUCCUUGGAUCGAUGAGAGUAGUAGGGCCGGUAAGCAUCGGAAGAUGCGCCUUCGCCAGGUUCAGUUGAUGUUUGUAGCACUGCCGCGCGAGGAGCUGAACUUCGAAUUUUGUCUCUUAC